ACUGCCAAAAAGGAUUUCAGGUGAUUCUGUUUUAUCCGGAGAUACAGAUGUGCUGUCCUGUAGUUUGUGUCCUCCUUUAUUUUUUCUCUCUCUUUGAUCAGGCAUAUCUCAACCAAUUCUACUCUCUUGAAAUAGAAGGGAGUCCUCUUGUUCAAAGCAAGAACGGGAGUCUCUUAGAUGAUAAGAUUCGGGAAAUGCAAGCAUUUUUUGGACUGACAGUGACUGGACAACUCGACUCACACACCCUGGAGAUCAUGAGGACACCGAGGUGCGGAGUGCCAGAUGUGGGUCAGUACGGUUACACCCUUCCAGGAUGGGGAAGACACAACCUCACAUACAGAAUCGUCAACUACACUCCAGAUAUGGCCAGGGCAGAUGUGGACGAGGCCAUCCAGAGCGGCCUUGAGGUGUGGAGCCGAGUGACUCCGCUGACGUUCACCAAGACUUUCAAGGGGGUUGCGGACAUCAUGAUUGCCUUUAGGACCCGAGUGCAUGGCCGGUGCCCUCGUUAUUUUGAUGGCCCCCUGGGAGUCCUCGGACAUGCCUUUCCUCCAGGUCUGGGUCUGGGUGGAGACACUCACUUCGAUGAGGACGAAAACUGGACCAAGGAUGGAGCAGGAUUCAGCUUAUUUCUUGUGGCUGCUCAUGAAUUUGGCCAUGCACUGGGACUCUCUCACUCCAAUGAUCAAACAGCUUUGAUGUUUCCAAAUUACGUCUCCCUGGAUCCUAAUAAGUACCCGCUUUCUCAGGACGAUAUCAAUGGGAUCCAGUCCAUCUACGGGAGUCUACCUAAGACAUCUGCUAAGCCAAAGGAGGCCACCGUACCCCAUGCCUGUGACCCUUAUUUGACUUUUGACGCUAUCACCACCUUUCGCAGAGAAGUAAUGUUCUUUAAAGGCAUGUGUGGCGGAUUUACUACGAUAUCUCGGACGUUGAAUUUGAACUGAUCUCUUCAUUCUGGCCCUCCCUGCCAGCGGAUAUCCAAGCUGCAUACGAGAGCCCCAACGAUAAGAUUCUAGUGU